CUAGCUCUCUCAGUAUGACCAGCACAGGAAAAUGUUUAGAAUCAUCAUCUUCAUCAUCACCAUGGAAACAUGAUGUGUUCCUGAGUUUCAGAGGUGAGGACACCCGUACAGGAUUCACAGACCAUCUGUACCAUGCUUUGGAUGGGAAAGCAAUUGACACCUUCAGGGAUACUGAAGGCCUUGUGAGGGGAGAAGCCAUUUCACCAGCACUCUUGAAAGGAAUUGAAGAGUCAAGAUUUGCAAUCAUCGUCCUUUCAGAGAAAUAUGCUACUUCAUCAUGGUGCUUGGACGAAGUUGCAGAGAUUGUUAAAUGCCAUCGAGUUCGGGGACAGACUAUUAUUCCGGUUUUCUACCAUGUUGAACCAAACCAUGUGAGAAAUCAGACUGGGACAUUUGGGGAGCCCUUUACCCAUAAGCAUAAAGACCAAGAUGUGAAUAGGGUUAACCGAUGGAGGGAGGCUCUGUCUCUGGUGGCCAAUAUUCAUCCAUGCUGGGAAUUGAAAGCAGACGGCAGGUAUGUAAUUCUCCAUUUUAAUACUAACUUCUUAAUUAAUUUUUUUGAAAUGAGAAUUUAUUCUUAAAUAGUUGGUUUUUUGUUAAUAGUGUUCAUUAAUAUAUAUAUAUAUAUAUAUAUAUAUAUGUUAUGUAUUCUAAGAACAAAAUCCAAG